AGGAGCCUUGGCAGCUGCUGGUGGCCUGCCUGCUGCUCAACAAGACUGGCCGCGCCGUCGUGGACCGCAUCCUCGGGGCAUCCUCGGCCCCUUCUUCCGCCGCUGGCCUUCGGCCGAGCGCCUCGUGGAGGCCGCCGCUGGGGACCUCGAGGAAGCGCUGGCCCCCCUCGGCCUGCAGCGCAAGCGCUCGCUGCUGCUCCGCCGCUUCAGCCUCGCGUACGCCCGCGCCGUGGCGGAGCGCGGCGCGCCGCUGCCCGUCGCGAGCGUCGAGGCGCUGCCCGGGG